UAUAUGGCUAAUCCAAAUCAUCAUUUGAUAUUUCCGAGUUGGCUCGAAGAGAAUGAAUUUGGAAUUUUAUUAUUGGAGAAAAAAGAAAAUGUACAUAUGUGUGUAAGUCCAUUGCCGUGUAACUUUUCUGAUGAUCUAGAGUUUGAUAAGUUCAUCAAGCAAUUGGAAAAAGAGAAAGAAGAAAAUCAAACUCCUUUAGUUGUGCCACAAGUCUGCACUCAACAAACAACGACUGAAACUCCAUCUGGGAGGAAAACUUCAAGGUCAAAAAGAGGAAGAUGCCCCCAACCAGCACCUGAAUGGCUAAAAACAAAUUGGAACGUUGAAUGCAAAGAGCGAAAAAAAAAUAAGAGGAUUGAUAAGAUUUAUAGUCAUAAAGAGAGUGGCUUUUGGUGUCGAUCUCUCGUAGGAGCUGAAAGAUAUGAAAAAUGUAGGAAUGAUACAUCAUGAUAUAGCGAAACAAAACACAAGAUGUUAGCAUGAUGUCCUGCUACCUAGAUUCUCGUCAAUGCCUAAUAUUUUGGAGAUUAUGUGACACCCUAAAAUCUAUUAUGAAUAAGCAUGAACUUUUUCUUUAAUAUAAACUCUUUUUUCACUUUAA